AUGGACUACGCCUCCGCCGCCGACGAAGAUCAAGACACCCACAGCACUUCGCCUCUCGCCCGCAUGUCAUCGCAAUCUCACAACAAUCGCUUCUAUGGCCGCCAUGGCAAGAGUGCCGUCCGCCCACGACCGCUCAACACGCCCACCACCUCCAUGAACAGCGUGCCCGCCAUGCCUAUACCUAUACCUUCUAACCCCAAUGUGAUACCCGGGAACACUCUCCCUUCAGCCCCCGCCAGCCCUCCAACACCAGCCCCUAGUCCGACACCGAUGCAGCGCGCACCAGAUUGGAGUACAGCAGAUCCACGCGAAGACAUUGGAGAUCUUGAUCUCGACGACGCUUCAGAACAACAAGCAUCCACACAAACAAGCGGACCAAGCUCCGCAAGAGGUUAUGGCUUUGGCUACAGACACAUGCGUGCGGUGUUCGCCGAUAUGGACAACAAUGAGCGGGAACGCAUGCUGGCUGAACUCCUCAACAUGUGCGAUGGCAAGCUGCUGGGAUUCGUGGCGAGCUUUGUUGGACCGAGGUUAAAAAGAGAUCCUUUCUCAGUGCUGCCUAACGAGUUGUGUCUCCGGAUCCUGACAUUCAUUGAAGAUGCAACGACACUGGCCAGGAGUUCUCAGGUCAGUAGAAGAUGGCGGGAACUGGUUAGCGACGACAUGGCAUGGAAAAGCUUGUGUGAGAGACACGCUUACAGAAGGAUGUCGGACGAGCCGUCUUCCUCGCCCGCAAGGCCGAUACCCGUUACUGCAGUUUCGAAUGCUAGUCCUAGGUUCCAGCAUCCGUAUGGAUAUCAAGGAAUCGCUCAGGCUCAAAAUCCUUCGCUGGCGGUUCUAUCCUCUAGCGCACCGGACCUUACACGCCGGACUAGCUUGAAUACCACACCUUCGGUUCUGCCACCGGCCCUGUCAGCCAGAGCUGGAUCUUCCAGACGCAGACCAAAAGCGAUCAGCUAUCGCAGUCACUUCAAGCAACGUUACCAGGUUGAGACUGCCUGGCGACAUGGUGGUGCUGUUCAAACUCGGCAAAUCACCCCAGAUCAGGGAGUCGUUACCUCGUUGCAUCUCACAUCUGAUUACAUUAUCGUGGCAUUGGACAAUGCGAAGAUCCAUGUCUUCGACACCGAAGGACGGCACUUGCGCUGCUUGCAAGGCCACGUUAUGGGGGUGUGGGCGAUGGUCCCCUACGGCGAUACAUUGGUCUCAGGCGGUUGCGACAGAGAUGUGCGAGUGUGGGAUUUGACCACCGGCGUUGCCUUGCAUAUGCUGCGAGGACACACAAGCACAGUCCGUUGUUUGAAGAUGAGUGGGCCAAACAUUGCCAUCUCUGGUUCGCGAGACACGACUUUGCGAGUGUGGGACAUUAGCAAGGGUGUGUGCCGGCACGUUCUGGUGGGCCAUCAGGCUUCAGUCCGUUGCUUGGAGAUCCAUGGCGACCUCGUUGUUUCUGGUUCUUACGAUACCACCGCGAGAAUAUGGUCGAUCAGCGAAGGCCGCUGUCUUCGAACACUGCAAGGCCACUUCAGUCAGAUCUAUGCCGUCGCGUUCGACGGACGACGUGUAGCCACUGGUUCCCUCGACACUAGCGUUCGAGUGUGGGAUCCCCGCGAUGGACGAUGCCUGGCUCAACUACAAGGACAUACUUCGCUCGUUGGACAGCUACAGCUUCGCAAUGAUACCCUCGUCACUGGAGGUAGCGAUGGCAGUGUGAGGGUGUGGAGUUUGCAGACUUAUUCAGCUAUUCAUCGAUUGGCUGCACACGACAACAGCGUGACCAGCUUACAGUUCGACGACAGCAGAAUCGUCUCUGGUGGCAGUGACGGAAGAGUCAAGGUUUGGGAUCUGCAGCGAGGCAGUCUUGUUCGCGAAUUGGGCAACCCGGCUGAGGCAGUUUGGAGGGUUGUCUUCGAGGAUGAGAAGGCUGUGGUGCUCGCGAGCAGAGGAGGGAAGACCGUCAUGGAGGUAUGGAACUUUGCUCCACCUCCGGACCCGGAUGAGCUCUAUCCCGCCCCCGCAGCAGGUCUUCGUUCCCACAACAGCAGCCCGGGCGUAGUGCCUUACGAGGAUCCUGCUUAUGGCGACAGACCGUCGUACAACAGUUUCGGGGAUCGUGAGAACGACCCCGAGAGAUUCGAGGAAAUCCAGCGAGAGAGACGGGCCGAGCGAGCGAAAGAGAUUGCACACCAGCAAGAUGAAAUUAUGACGGAUGUAUAUCAAAAUUUUGACGACACGGGAUUGAACGACGAAGCCGAGGGCUCUGGAACAGUUGACGGGCUGCUUAACUAG